GCGGUGUUGCCAUGGCGAAGGCGCCACUGCCGGCGCGCUGCGCCAUGCGUCCCGCGGAGAGGAGCGGCCGCUCGCCCGGCGUGGCCGCGGCUUUCCCGGAGCAAAGGCCUUGGUUGUACCGCUGGCGGCGCCUCACCGCCGGGGCCGGGCCGAAGAGAGUGGAACAAGCCUCUGAGUAUGCCGUCUCUGAAGCUUUUACCCUUCGAAAGUCAAGGUAUCGACAGGGGUCUUGUGGUCCUGUGACAAGUUUGGAAACCAUGGAACAGCUGCAAGAUCAUGAUGAGGCCUGUGAGGAAGCCCGAGAGCUGCUCAGUAACUGGAUGAAGUCCAAACUGCAAGUGGAGCUGACGAACGAUGGAGAAGAGGAAGUUGACUCUGUCCUCCUGGAAAAGCCUUCUGCAGCCCCUCUGAAGUAUGAGCGGUUUGAUGACUUGUGCAGCAAUCUGGAACGUGAAUUGGAAAGUUCUACUGUCCAAGAAUACCUACAGCAUCUUUUGCAGAGUGAAGCUGUGAACUGUGGGAUAGCGAAAAACCUUAGGCUUGAAGACAUCAAGGAAAAACAAAAACUUGAAGAUCCACGAAUAAUCAUGGAGCUCAGACACAAGCAGGUAAAAGAAAACCGAAUGAGGCGUCAAAAGGCAUUAGAGCUUCAGAGACAAGAAAAAUUCCUGAAGAAAUCAAUUCUGGCUGAGGCCAAGCUGCAAGCACAGGAGGAAGACAGAAGGAAAGCCCUGAAGGCCAAGAAGGAGGAGGAGGAGAUACAGAGGGAAAUGGUGAAGCUGCGAAAGGAAAUGGCUGAGAAGAGGCACACCAUGGCAGAAGCACGGAGAAUGGAGGGGAAGACACAAGAAAAGAGUCAGAAGCUGUCAAUGCAGGAGGUAUCUGUUACUGCACCACUACCCCUGGUCCAGAAGAAGGAAGAGCAAGAAGAGGAGAAACAGAGAAGGGUUCAGGAGCUGCUGCGCAGGAUUCACAUCAAUAAACAGAGAUGCAUGCAACGACAUUUCUCUGCUUGGCUAAAAGUCAUUCUGGAGCAGAGAAUUAAAAUGAGAAAAGCCAGAGCCCUUGAUGACUGGAAAUGCCAACUGAAGGCCCUGCGAGCAUGGAGAAACUAUGCCUGGGCCGAGAAAUUAGAGCAGGAGACACAGCAAUUGGAAGUUCAUCUUCAAGAUCAAAACAGGAAAACACAAUUGUCUGUGGAGCAUAACCAGCGACGGCUUUUGCGCUGCUGCUUUCUGGCCUGGCAGCGCUGGAGCCAGGCAGAGACAGAAAAGCGAGAGCGGCAGAUCGAGAGGGAGGAGACGAAGAGAAAGAUGGCACAGCUGCUGGAGGCAGUGUCACAGGGGAAAGGCAGUCUGCACGGGCCACUGGAGGUUAACAAGCCUGGGACAGCAGAAGUAAACCAUCAUCAAGAGUUACAGAAAGACAAGGUAAAUCAUUCCCAUGUAGUUUUGUCUCAGAACUUUACAAAGUACUUCUUUUGUGCAAGCUGAAAUAGAGUACAUUGUCCCAGACGAAGGCUUCUUUCCCAGGGUGACCCUCAAAUAUAUGUCGGCAACUGUU